GGGUCAUUAAGGACUGGCUGGGCCAACCUACAUCAAUGGAAUACCUGACAGAGACAAGGGAAUAAUUGUCACCUGUCCAUGGGAGGAUCUCAGCUUGGCCAAGUGAAGCGUUUAUGGACUUGUUAUGUUUUUGGGAGCAGGAAGAACUGGGUUUGCAGACGCAGGGAGCUCUACUGAAGUGAAGACAAAUGGACAGGCACAGUGAAAGGAAACCAAACUUUUCUACAGCAGCAUGGCUCAAGGGCAUUGGCCAGUAUGGACUAUAUUGUCAUCUUUGCAUCUCUGUGCUAAUCUAAGGACUUUCCAAUGCUAUGUUUCAGUUGACUAAUAAACCCUGCUGUGUUUUAAAAGUCUGCCCAGUGUCACAGCAAAAACUUGCUGAGGUGCAUCGAAGCAUGAGUGAGGAACAGUCUCUGCACAGGAGUGUCGUUCAGCUGGACCUGCUGGGCAGAGCUCACAGAUUGAAAUAGGAGUGUUGAAGCCAGAGGCUCAGUCGUAGAGUUUCCAGUUUCCAAACUGAAUGUGACCUCGUGGCUGGAAGGAGGGGAAGAGCCGUGGGUCCAAUACCUCCAGGGCUCUGAGAAAGAAGUGCUCCCGAGAGCUGCCUGCACAGGGGGUGACCUAUGUCUGGAUUCUCUCUAUCUCCCAUCAGGUGAUGGGAUGGUGAGUGAGAAUGAGGAGGAGAAACCCCAGCAGGAAGAUGCUGAACAAGUAGAACCACAUGGAACAUUAGCAGGAAGAUCCAAAGGGAAUGUUUCCGGGAGUUGUGCACUCCCAGAAAAAGCGAAAGACUGUGAGACUCAGCACAGGCCAGAGGAAAACUUCAGUAGCCACUCAGACCUUAUUAGAGGCAAGAGAAUCAACCUGGACGAGACACGCUACAGAUGCCAUAAGUGUGGGAAAAGCUUCAAUCGGAGCUCAACUCUUCUCACACAUUGGAGAACCCACACUGGAGAGAAACCCUACACGUGCUCUGAGUGCGGGAAAAGCUUCAAUCGGAGCUCUGCCCUGAUCACACAUCGGAGAAUCCACACAGGUGAGAAACCUUAUGGAUGCUCUGAGUGUGGGAAACACUUCAGUCAGAGGCCACACCUUACCGCACAUCAGACAAUCCACACGGGCGAGAAACCUUAUGAAUGCUCUGAGUGUGGGAAACGCUUCAUUGAUAGUUCAACUCUCAUCUCACAUCAGCGAAUCCACACAGGAGAGAUGCCCUACACAUGCUCUGAGUGCGGGAAAAGCUUUAAUCAGCACUCACACCUUAUCACACAUCAUAGAAUCCACACAGGAGAGACACCCUACACGUGCGCCGAAUGCGGGAAAAGCUUCAAUCAGAGCUCAAACCUUAUCAAACAUAGGAGAAUCCACACAGGUGAGAAACCUCAUAGAUGCUCUGAGUGUGGGAAACGCUUCAUUCAUCAUUCAGCCCUCAUCUCACAUCAGAGAAUCCACACUGGUGAGAAACCUCAUGGAUGCUCUGAGUGUGGGAAACGCUUCAGUGAUAGUUCAGCCCUCAUUUCACAUCAGCGAAUCCACACAGGAGAGACGCCCUACACAUGCUUGGAGUGUGGGAAAAGUUUUAGUCGGCACUCAGCCCUUAUCACACAUUGUAGAAUCCACACAGGAGAGAUGCCCUACACGUGCUCUGAGUGCGGGAAGAGCUUCAAUCGGAGCUCAAACCUUAUCACACAUAGGAGAAUCCACACAGGUGAGAAACCUUAUGGAUGCUCUGAGUGUGGGAAACGCUUCAUUCAUCGUUCAGCCCUCAUCUCACAUCAGAGAAUCCACACAGGAGAGACGCCCUACACAUGCUCUGAGUGUGGGAAAAGCUUCAAUCAGAGCUCUGCCCUGAUCACACAUCAGAGAAUCCACACAGGAGAGAUGCCCUACACAUGCUCUGAGUGUGGGAAAAGCUUCAAUAAGAGCUCAAACCUUAUCACACACAGGAGAAUCCACACAGGUGAAAAACCAUAUGGAUGCUCUGAGUGUGGGAAACGCUUCAUUGAUAAUUCAACCCUCACCUCACAUCAGCGGAUCCACACGGGAGAGAAGCCCUACACGUGCUCUGAGUGUGGGAAAAGCUUCAAUCAGAGCUCAAACCUUAUCAAACAUCAUAGAAUCCACACAGGAGAGAUGCCCUUCACAUGCUCUGAGUGUGGGAAAAGCUUUAGUCAGCACUCACAACUUAUCUCACAUUGUAGAAUCCACACAGGAGAGAAACCCUACACAUGCUCUGAGUGCGGAAAACACUUCCGUUAUAGCUCAGCCCUUACCACACAUCAGAGAAUCCACACAGGUGAGAAGCCCUACAUAUGCUCGGAGUGCGGGGAAAGCUUCAAUCAGAACUCUACCCUGAUUGCACAUCAGAGAAUCCACACAAGAGAGAGACCGUACACAUGCUCUGAGUGUGGGAAAAGCUUCAAUCAGAGCUCAAACCUUAUUAAACAUCAAAAAAUCCACAUGGGAGAUGCCCUAAGGAUUAGCUGAGUGUAGGGGUAUGUCUACACUGCGGGAUUAUUCCGAUUUUACAGAAACCUGUUUUUGGAAACAGAUUGUAUAAAGUCGAGUGCACGUGGCCACACUAAGCACAUUAAUUCGGCAGUGUGCGUCCAUGUACCAAGGCUAGCAUUGAUUUCUGGAGUGUUGCAAUGUGGGUAGCUAUCCCAUAGUUUCCGUAGUCUCCCCUGCCCAUUGGAAUUCUGGAUUGAGAUACCAGUGAAUGAUGGGGCAAAAACAGUGUCACGGGUGAUUCUGGGUAAAUGUCAUCAGACAAUCCUCCCUCCAUGAAAGCAACGGCAGACAAUUAUUUCACACCCUUUUCCCUGGAUUGCCCGGGCAGACGCCAUAACAGCAACCAUGGAGCCCGUUCAGCCUUUUUUCACUGUCACCAUAUGUCUACUGGAUGUUGCUAAUGAAUGUGGUACUGCAGCGCUACACAGCAUCAUCCCCUUGCCUUUUGCAAAUCAGCAAGGAGGAUUACCAGCUCUACUGUAUCAUCUGCUGCCUUGCAAGUUGACAAUGACGGUAACCAGUCAUACUGUACCGUCUGCUGUUGUCAUGGGUGUUCCUGGCCAGCCUCGGUGAGGUCAGCCGGAGGCACAAGGACAAAAAUGGGAAUGACUCCCCAGGUCAUUCUCUUCUUCAAGUUUUGUCUAAAGGGAGAGUCUGUCCUGCCUAGAAUAUCAGGCAAGCCUACUAAAGAACCAGAGAGGCAAACAGCUGCUCCAGGUCGGAGCCCCAGACAUCCCGCAGAAAUGAUAAGUUGCAUGCCAUUCUAGGGGGUGCCCCUGCAACAAUGCCACCCAUUGUUUCCCUCCUCCCCCACCCCUCCUGGGCUACCGUGGCAGUUAUCCCCCCAUUUGUGUGAUGAAGUAAUAAAGAGUGCAUGAAUUUGAAACAACACUGACUUUAUUGCCUCUGCAAGCAGAGAUCAAAGGGGGGAGGGGAGGGCAGCCUCCAGCUGCUAUGAUAUUCCAGGCAGGAGUGAAUCUCCAGGAGACAAAACUUAAAGAAGAGAAUGAUCUAGGGAGUCAUUCUCAUUUUUGCCCAGGCGCCCCCGGCCGACCUCACCGAGGCUGACCAGGAGCAGUCAUGGGACGACGAUGAUAGAUAUCAGUCAUACUGCAUUGUCUGCAAGGGAAGGGAAGGGGAUGCUGCAGUGUAGCGCUGCAGCAUUGCGUCUGCCAGCAGCAUCCAGUAGAGAUACAGUGACAUUGAAAAAAGGCGGGAAACAAUUUUUUUCCCUUUGGUUUCACAGAGGGAGGGUCCAGGGCCUGAUGACAUAUACCCUGAGCCACCCGCAACAAUGUUUUUGACCCUUCGGGCUUUGGGAGCUCAGCCAAGAAUUCAAAUGGUUUUCAGAGAGUGCAGGAACUGUGGGAUAGCUACAGUUGUCAGUUGCCCCUCCCUCCGUGAGUGUCCAUUUCAUUCUUUGGCUUUCUGGUACACUUGUCUCAGCUCCUUAAGUUUCACACAGCACUGUGUCCAGUCCCUGUUGUGGCCUCUGUCCAUCAUAGUCUUGGAGAUUUUUUCAAAUGUUUUGGCAUUUCAUCUAUUGGAAUGGAGUUCUGGUAGAAUAGAUUCAUCUCCCCAUACAGGGAUCAGAUUCAGUAUCUCCUGUAUGGUCCAUGCUGGAGCUCUUUUUUGAUUCUGGGACUGAAUGGUCACCUGUGCCGAUCAGCGCUCCACGCUGGGCAAACAGGAAAUUAAAUUCAAAAGUUCCUGGGGCUUUUCCUGUCUAUCUGCCCAGUGCAUCCGAGUUCAGAUUGCUGUCCAGAGUGGUCACAACGGUGCACUGUGGGAUAGCUCCCGGAGGCCAAUACCGUCGAAUUGCAGCCACACUAACCCUAAUUCGAAAUGGCAAUACCAAUUUCAGAGCUACUCCCCUCAUGGGGGAGGAGUGCAGAUAUCAAUAUUAAGAGCCCUUUAUACCAAAAUAAAGGGUUUCAUUGUGUGGACGGGUGCAGCGUUAAUUUGGUUUAACGCUGCUAUAUUCGAAAUAAACUCGUAGUGUAAACCAGGCCUAGGAAAACCUUCAAUCAGAGCUCAAGCCUUAUUAGACAUCAGAAAAUCCACAUGGGAGAGACACCCUACACAUGCCCUGAGUGUGGA